UCUUCCCUCUUUAGCUUUUCUCCAAGGCACUUUCUCGUGUUUUCCCGCUAACGCCGAAAAGCGAAUUGACGUCGGAGAUCAGAACUUUAUAUUCUGGUUGCGCUCAAUUUGGUCGCCCGACCUUGCGGUAUAGGUAACAGAACCGUCGACCAUAUUUUCUUUUGGUAGAACAGAGCAGGCGUUACUUGGAGGGGCGACCGAGUCCCAAGGAACGACUGGCCCGGUGGUUGAGCGGACCGCUUGGAACGACGCCAUGGCGACUACUGCUGGGGCUUUCAUAGCAGGCGGUAUCGCCGCUUGUGGCGCCGUCACGGCCACACAUCCCUUCGAGACGGUUAAGAUUCGAAUGCAGCUCCAAGGCGAGCUCCAGACCAAGGGCCACCAGCCGCACCACUACCGCGGGCCUUUCCACGGCGUCGGCGUUAUCGUGCGGAACGAGGGCAUACGCGGCAUAUACCGCGGCAUCGGGUGCGCUUACAUCUACCAAGUUCUACUAAACGGGUGCCGGUUGGGGUUCUACGAUCCCAUGCGGACCCGGUUGGCCUCGCUACUGCUGCGCGACGGCGCGGCGCAGAACCUAGGGAUUAAUAUGCUCUGCGGCGCCAGCUCGGGCAUCAUCGGCGCGGCCGCCGGCAGUCCUUUCUUCCUCGUCAAGACGCGGCUCCAGAGCUACUCUCCCUUCCUGCCCGUCGGCACCCAGCACAACUACCGUAACGCCAUCGAUGGCCUCAGCCAGAUAUACCGCGCCGAGGGCUUCGGCGGCUUGUACCGCGGUGUCGGCGCUGCCAUGAUCCGCACGGGUUUCGGUAGCUCCGUCCAGCUGCCUACGUACUUCUUCGCCAAGAGGCGGCUCGUCAGACAUUUAGGUAUGGAGGAGGGCGCACCGCUGCACUUGGCUAGCAGUACGGUAUCUGGGUUUGUCGUGUGCUGCUUUAUGCACCCACCUGACACGAUUAUGUCGCGGCUGUACAACCAAAACGGCAACUUGUACAAGGGAGUGUUUGACUGCCUAGGCAAGACGAUCCGCACCGAGGGUUUCCUAGCUAUAUAUAAGGGCUUUCUACCACACUUGGCGCGCAUCCUACCUCAUACUAUAUUAACGCUGUCACUGGCCGAGCAGACGAAUAAGCUGAUGCGCAAACUCGAGGUCAAGAUAUUGCCGCCCCCGACGCUAUGAAAGGCCUGAAUGGGUCUAUAAGAGGCAUGGAUGCUGGACGACGUGACGUAAUUGGGGACGGUAGGGGGGAAGGGAGUCAGGCAAGCGGGCGGGCUAGCUUGAACAUGGUGUCGGUUAGGGAAGAUAUUAUCUAAAUAGAGGGGAGAUAUCCGGUAUAUGGUAUACAUUCACGGUAUUCAGGUACCACCACGUUCAUCAUAGAGAGAUGGGGUAGGUGGGUUAGGUAUACUUCUGGCCUAUAUUCAGGCGCCAUUUUUCUGUCCGGUUAGAGUCUUUGAGUUAGAUAUGGGACGGCGCCGUAGCUGGGACAAGUACGUCCGUUAGAUUUACUACUGGUAUUUUUCUACUGGAAGCGGAGUAUGUAGAAGAAAGAAAGAUUUUGUCAUUCAUAGGCUUGCUUUUAGCCACCGGUUUUUCUUAUUGCUUGUCAAGGUGAAGGCAGGGAAGUGCCGAGAUAUAUGGAGGUAAGCUAGCUAUAUUCUAUCCACGUAUAGACCGU